AUGACACAUUCAAAGGACGCACACCUGGGCUUUUGCCUCUCCCCUGUUGCGCCAAACGCACCACUCGCAGGGGCACUACAAUCGCGCAAGGUGUCUUCCCGAACAACGAAGCAAAAGUUCCACGUCCCCACACACCCGCACCGCGCGGCCUCAAUGAGUCUCACCAACGACCUACUCAUCAAAGGGCUAGAAGUCGGGGUAGCGACGUUUGUGGGCAAGGCAGCGGGCGUGCAAAUGCCGACGGGCGGGCAGGCGAGGCGGUCGGAAGCCCAGUCUGGACGGACGCGCAAGAAAAAGAGGCGUCCCUCUUCAAGCGCGGAGCAGCGUGUGGAGGCCGAGGACGUACGCGGUAUGGUGGAGGAGGUGGUGCGUGUGGCGGGGCGCGUCGGUGAAGUGGCAGAGCGGGGUGGGCCAGAAGCGAAGAAGUGGGUCAAGCUGGCAAUCUGCAUCGGCAUCGACUUGGUCGGGUCCGGGAGCGUGGCUGUGCCGCUGGUGGGCGACGCGCUGGACUUAGUGACCGCGCCGCUCGCCGCCGUGAUGCUGCAGGCCUUGUUCGGGAGCACGCUAGUGACGGUCGGCGGACUGGCGGAGGAGCUGCUGCCCGGGACCGAUGUUAUUCCGACAGCGACGCUCGCAUGGCUGGCGGAGUAUUAUGGGUACUUGAAUGGGAAGGCGGAUGAAGCAAGCGGCUGA